AUGUACCACUAUUCCAUUCAGAACCGAACUGCAUUCUGGGACUUUUGCUGGAAUUAUUUCCCGAUCAUCCAUGAAGGAUCUUACUCGCAAAUUGUGGAUGAGUCCGCGCGUAUGGACAGCGUGCCGGAAUGGUUCUCGGGUAUCAAACUCAACUUCGCCGAGAACAUGCUCUUCUCAGGUGCCAUGGGCAAUACAAAGGGCAAGGAGGACAGCUGUAUAGCAGUCACCGCGGUAGGCGAGGGCGCCAACAAAGAUGCCGUCCACAUGACCUGGGGGGAGUUGCGAAAGAAAGCUGGAACUUUGAUUCAAGCAAUGAAGGCCAAUGGAGUUGUGCGAGGCGAUCGCAUCGCGGUCUGCUCGGCAAACAGCAUCGACACCUUGCUAGUGUUUAUAGCGACGACAGCGCUCGGCGCAAUCUUCUCAUCAAGCUCGACUGAUAUGGGUGUCAAGGGAGUUUUGGAUAGACUGUUGCAGAUUAAGCCGCGAUGGCUUUUCAUGGAUGACUUUGCCGUCUAUAACGGAAAGACCAUUGAUUUGCGAGCCAAGAUAAAGGAGAUCGUCAAAGGCAUGGAUUCGGUGUCUGAGUUUCAGGGGAUUGUUUCUCAACCACGAUUCGCUGAAAAGCCUGCCGAGGUGGGAUCGAUUCCGAGAGCCUGGACUUUGGCAAGUUUCUUGGAGAAAGCCGCUGGAAAUUCCCGUCUUGAAUUUGAGCGCGUUGCUUUCCGGGACCCCUUCCUCAUUGUCUAUUCGUCCGGCACGACUGGGCAACCCAAGUGUAUUGUUCAUUCAGUGGGCGGCGUGCUCAUUAAUGCUCACAAAGAAGGAAAUUUGCAUAUGGAGCUUACGGACGAGAGCGUUUUACUGCAGUAUACGACCACAGGAUGGAUCAUGUACCUUACGGCGGUACAAGCUCUGCUGUUUGGGUCGCGAGUUGUGCUCUAUGAUGGUAGUCCAUUUUUACCGAGCAUUACGACAUUGGUAGAUUUAGCAGCUCAAGAGAAAGUUACACAUCUAGGAAUCUCCCCACGGUGGCUACAGGAGCUUCAGCAGGCGAAACUCAAGCCUCGUGAGCUAUUCGACCUAAGUUCCCUCCGCGUGGUCACCAGUACUGGUAUGGUCCUCCGCGAUGCAUUGUUUGAGUGGUUCUACGACGAGGGAUUCCCAUCCCACGUGCGUCUCAACAAUAUUUCGGGCGGCACAGACAUCGCCGGGUGCUUCGGCUGUGGAAAUCCCAUAGUCCCGGUCUAUGUCGGUGGGUGUGCGGGAUUCAGCUUGGGAGUUCCAGUGGAAGUAUACGAUUCGACUAUUGAGGGAGAUGGUGUGAAGGGCGCUGCCGUGGCCGAGGGAGAAUCGGGGGAUUUGGUGGCUACCGCUGCCUUUCCUAACAUGCCUACCCAAUUCUGGGGCGAUCACAGUGACGUGUGGACCCAUGGUGAUUUUAUCUAUAUUCAUCCUAUCACGAAGCAGCUCAUUUUCCAAGGUCGCGCAGACGGGGUCCUCAACCCUUCUGGAGUCCGAUUUGGUUCUGCGGAAAUUUAUCGAGUGAUCGAGGGUCUUUUCUCGCAGGAGAUUGCCGAUUCCAUUUGUGUUGGUCGACGGCGGCCAACCGACAACGACGAGCAGGUCUUCCUCUUCCUUCUCAUGAAAAAGAACGUCGCCUUCACGGUCGACUUGACCACGGUUAACUUGAAGAAAGUGGAGCUUCCUGUGAAGCAGAUUGUAUCAGGAAAGCGGAUCCAGCCCUCCGGCACUCUUCUCAACCCGAACAGCUUGGAAUAUUACUAUCGAUUCGCCGAGGUUGAGAAGCUCGUGCGCGAGAGUAAGCUGUAA